AUGCUGGUCCCGGCGCGUGAUAGGGCACCGGAGAAGAAGGCGGGCAAGGAGGCCAAGGGUGACUUCCGCCGCAAGGGUCCUUUGGACCCAGUGUCCGGAGAGACCGAAAUCCCCUCCUCCCACGAGGGAGAUGAAGACAACGAGGAGGAGGAGGCGGAAAGCGACUCCCCUCUUAAGGGGAGGAAGAAGAAGAGGGCAGCCUCCACAGACCCGGAGGAGGAGUCACCCAAGCGGGGGAAGAUAGCCCUCUCGGACGGUUCGGACUCAAAAACCGAACCCAUCCCUGAGAGACUCCCCGAGCCUGCUCGCGACCUCCCCAACCCUUCACUAUCUGAGGGGAGCUCUCUGCCGCCCGAGAUGGCAGAGAGCGAGACGCCUCCGCGAGCCUCUCCCCCAAUCAUUGCGGAUGACACCGAGGCUUCCCUAUUGGCGGCAACCGCCCAGGCCACUGAAGUUUCUGACCUCAAUCGAAAACUGAAGCUGGCUGAUGAUGAGAUCGACCGCGUUAACAAGCGGUUCGAUGAGGCGCAAGGUAGCACGGCCGAGGUUGAGACCCUCAAGAGCGCCCUUGCCCAGGCCAAGGGGGAGGUGAAGGCGAAUAAAGCGGCCACUGACAAAGCGCUGCAGAAUUAA